CCUUCGCGCCGGGCGGGCGGCUCGUUGGCAGGAGGGCGGCGGCCGCCAUGGUGCUGUCGGCGGUGCAGCAGGCGGUGGUCUCGGUGGUGCUGGUGUUCUGCCUCUUCCUCGUCAUGCCCAGGAUGUUCGGGGGAGGAGGAGGAGGUGGGGGAGGAGGAGGGGGCGGCCGGGCCGGCCGCUCUCCGCGGGGCGGCAGGGCCGUCCCCGGCCGUUACGAUCCCCGUCAGCACGGCAGAGGUAGUCCUCAGACAGUUCAUCAAGUUCACCUGAAUCCAGGAAAUUCUGACAGUAAUACUUACCAGAGUUUUCAGCAGAUGAGAAAUGCAAUGGAAAAAGAGAUAAAGAGCAAGAGAACAAGAGGAAAUGGUAGAGAGUUAGCAUUCACCCUUAUGCCGUUGUAUGCUCUUGGAGUGGGAGUGUUUGCAGCAUACAAAUUUCUUAAGAUGAAGUCACAUGAAGAAAGUCUCUCCAAACAGGAAAAAAGUACAGAAGACAAGGCAAAGGAAACAGAGCACCAGCUUUUAGAACUGGAGCAGCAUCUAGCACAGACAGAGAAAAUGUUAAAUUCUUUAUUGACUCAGUUGGAUCCACUGUCAAACUGUGUUAAUGCGCUAGCUUGUGAGCAGAAGGAUGAAAUAAUGACACAGCUCCAAUCAAUUAGACGACUGAUGAAAGAAAGUGGAUUGGAUAAAUCAGAAAACAAGAUGAAAGGUGUCAGCCACAUUUGUAAUGAGAAACUUGAAGAUCUCAUUCAGUCAUUUGCUGAACAUUCUCAAGAGGAAGACAUAGAUGACAGAGAAGAUGACAGUAAUGAAGAUUUGCCUGAGGAUGUUGAUAAUGAUUACAAAAUAGAAGAACAUGAAAUAUGUGAUGAAUGUGAAGUACACCAGUUUGAGUCAGAUGUGGUAGAAGACCAAGAAAUGAUAAACAAAGAUGCCGUUGAAUCAGAAGAGGGAGGAUUGAGGAGACGUAAUAGAUAUGAAUGAAAUCUGCAUAUGUAAAACUCUCAAAAGCUUAUGAAUUAUUUUUUUUAUAAUGUAUGCACUUUAAACUCUUUGAAUUAAGUUAUGUGCGCUGCUAUAUGCUUUAAAAAGAGGAACGAAAUACUGUCUGUGCUUGUAUCUGACGGUUCUGUAACUGACUUGAGUGGCAGCAGAAUUUCACUCAGGAUGUUUACAUAUUUUUUUCUAUUUAUUUUUGUCCUAUAAAAAUAUUUCUGUAUUCUGUAUAUAAUGCACUGUAAUUAUAUCUGAUGCUUGACUAAAAUAUUAGAAUUUCUUGUAAUUAAGACUAUAAAGGAUAGAUGUUUCAUAAAUGUUUUGUAACUAGUAAGCAUGGUGCCACUUGAACUGUGACUUUCUUGACUUCAUUAAACAGCAUGCACUGAUGUUUUAGUUCUUUGUGGAAAACUUUUCUCUAGAGGGGGAAUGAAAAGCAGUAUGGGUUAAGUCUUAGAGAUGCAUUUAUAGUCACGUUUCUUUAUUUGGUGAGAGAAAUAUAGCCAUAGACACUUUUUAAAAAUAAUUAUGUCUGAGUUUGCUGUCUGCUCAGGAAUGAUGUAUUGUUUUGUAUGUCAAUUUGAACCAUAAUAUAUUAUGCUGGAUCACUUAAUUUCUUCCCCACCUGUCACUGGUUAAACUCAGCAGCUGCCUAAUGAUUGAUAUCCAUUAGUACUAUAUCCCCAUUUCAUAUUUAUUUUAACACACUAGAAUCUGCCUUUUGAUUCAUUGUAAUACACUUUUUUUUACAUCACUAUUAACAGAUAUAUUGCUACAUAUUGUUCAAGAACUGUGUGGCUUGGCUUUGGUUUUUUUUUUUUUCAAUACAUUCUGCCAACUUGAUAGUGGCUUUUUUAAGUCAGUGUUAAGAAUUUUUUCCUUUGCCAAAUAAUUUUUAUCCAAACCUUUAUUUUCUACUAAAUUUUUGUCCACUUAAUGCACAUGCUUAUGGAACCGGCACCCUUUAAGGACAGGAAUUACAUUAGAAGUAGGUCUGACAGUACAGUGCUGUUAAAUUUUCUGGUUUAUAAUUGCAUAGGUUUUAAGUAGGCCAGUUAUAAUGCCUGAACUGUUUUGCCAUCUUUAUUCUUACAGGAAAAUAACAUGUGGAUUUGUUUUUCUGGAAGAAAUG